UCACAGGGAAAGCGAGCUGGCGUCAUGGCGGCGGAUUCUGCUCCGAAGGUUAUAUUUGAACAUGAAGGAGUCUUCAUUCAGCCGAGCAGUGAUGAAGACGGGAUCGAGCAGGAUUUGCUCUUUUCUGGGUCACUGCGGAUUGUUGACAAGGAUGGUGAAAUCACGGUGGAGUACAAACCUCUGGAAGACACCGUCGACUCAUCAAGCAUGUUGUGUGCUGGAAAGGACUCCAGCUCUGUGGUGGAGUGGGCUCAGUGUCCGGGAGACAAGCCUCAGCUGUUAGAGACACAGCAGAGCUACGAGACCGAGUGGGACAUGAUCAACGCUGUUUCCUUCAAGAAGAAACCCUGCACGAACGGAGAGGGCUCCUUGAACCACAGCAACGAGAGGAGCAGGUGGGCGUUCAGCUUCAGCCUCAGUGACCAGUCCGUCACAGUGAAAGAGGAAGGCUGGUCCAUCCUGAUGUUCAAACUGAAGGAGCCGUCGUCACCUCACCGCCCGCUCUUCAACUUCCACCAGGGCGGCAGCAGAGAGUUCAUGGACAGCCUGAGGAGAUUCGCUCUGCUCAGCGAGUCCCCUGAUGAUGCAACGUGUCUGUUAGUCAGCACACCGAACAAGGCUUUGUCUCAAUCCUUCGAAAACCUCAUGGACGACAACAACUACACGUUGGCCGGCAAGUUGAGGAGGGAACCGUAUCUGACCACGAUGGGCGGCUUCUCUAAAGUCACCAACUACCUGUUCGACGUUAUCCGGGGAACAGAGGAGCAUCAACAGCGGCCGCCGGAAGAAGUGGCCGACCUGCUGGGUGAAAUCAUCCCGGGACUAGAGAUCAACCAGCAGGAGGAGCCGGGCUUCGAGGUCAUCACCAGGGUCGACUUGGGAACGAGGCCGCAGGUGAGGAGGAGAGAACCGCUGUCUGCAGAGGAGUGGACCAAACAUCAGGAUCAGGAGGGAAGGAUGCUCAACGUGCCUCACCUCAAACACCUCAUCUUCAAAGGGGGACUCUGUCACGCGCUGAGGAAAGAGGUGUGGAAGUUCCUGCUGGGAUAUUUUCCGUGGAACAGCACGCUGGAGGAGAGGAAAGUCCUGCAGAGAGCCAAAACUGACGAAUACUUCAGGAUGAAGCUGCAGUGGAAGUCCGUCAGCGAGGAACAAGAGAGGAGAAACUCCAGACUCAGAGACUACAGGAGUCUGAUCGAAAAAGACGUGAACCGAACAGACAGAACAAACCGGUUCUACGAAGGCAUCGAUAACCCCGGUCUGGUUCUCCUCCACGACAUCCUGAUGACGUACUGCAUGUUCGACUUCGACCUCGGUUACGUUCAGGGGAUGAGCGACCUGCUCUCACCGAUCCUCUACGUGAUGGAGAACGAGGUCGACGCCUUCUGGUGUUUUGUCUCCUUCAUGGACCAAAUGCACCAGAACUUCGAGGAGCAGAUGCAAGGCAUGAAGACUCAGCUGAUCCAGCUCAGCACUCUGCUCAGACUGCUCGACUUGUCUUUCUGGAAUUACCUCGAGUCUCAGGAUUCAGGUUAUCUGUACUUCUGUUUCCGCUGGCUGUUGAUCAGAUUUAAGAGGGAGCUCAGCUUCCAGGACGUCCUGCGACUCUGGGAGGUGAUGUGGACGGGUCUUCCCUGUCAGAACUUCCACCUGCUGGUCUGCUGUGCCAUCCUCGACUCCGAGAAACAGAAAAUCAUGGAAGAGAAUUACGGCUUCAAUGAAAUCCUCAAGCACAUUAACGAGCUUUCAAUGAAACUGGACAUCGAAGAAAUCCUUCAGAAAUCCGAAGGCAUCGGCCUGCAGAUCAGGAGGUGUAAGGAUUUGCCAAACUCUAUCAGCAGCAUCUUGGGCUUCGACAGAGAAGCUCGCGGCUCCGACCCGACGGACCCCGACUCGCCUCCGACCGUCCGACCGACCCGCCGACAGCAGGACGCCAACGGCUGCUCCAACGGCCACGGACACUUACGAGAAACCUCUCACAACAACAGCUGCAAAGUUGCCUUCAUAUCAUAGUGAACAGCAGAGACUGACUCAGUGACGCCUCCUCCCCUUCCUCCUUCCUUCCUUCUUUCCUUCCUCCUCCUCCUUUAUC